CAUCAAUAUGAGCUUUUAUAAUAGAUGGAGAUGAUAAACGGGAAGUGUUGGAAGUUGAAAUGUUGUCAUGAAGAGUUAUCAUGAAGUGCUAGAAGUUGAUAUGUUGUCAUUGAUGUGUCUUUUCUUUGAAAUGUUGUCAUGAAGUGUUUGAAGUUGAUAUGUUGUCAUUGAGGUGUCAACAUUAUGAAGUGUUUGAAGUUGAUAUGUUGUCAUUGAGGUGUCUUUUCUUUGAAAUGUUAUCAUGAAUUGUUUGAAGUUGAUAUGUUGUCAUUGAGGUGUCUUUUCUUUGAAAUGUCGUCAUGAAGUAACAGAAGUUGAUAUGUUGUCAUUGAUGUGUCUUUUCUUUGAUAUGUUGUCAUGAAUUAUUUGAAGUUGAUAUGUUGUCAUUGAGGUGUCUUUUCUUUGAAAUGUCGUCAUGAAGUGACAGAAGUUGUUAUGUUGUCAUUGAUGUGUCUUUUCUUUGAUAUGUUGUCAUGAAGUGUUUGAAGUUGAUAUGUUGUCAUUGAGGUGUCUUUUCUUUGAAAUGUCGUCAUGAAGUGAUAGAAGUUGAUAUGUUGUCAUUGAUGUGUGAUAGAAGUUGAUAUGUUGUCAUUGAUGUGUCUUUUCUUUGAUAUGUUGUCAUGAAGUGUUUGAAGUUGAUAUGUUGUCAUUGAGGUGUCUUUUCUUUGAAAUGUCGUCAUGAAGUGAUAGAAGUUGAUAUGUUGUCAUUGAUGUGUGAUAGAAGUUGAUAUGUUGUCAUUGAUGUGUCUUUUCUUUGAUAUGUUGUCAUGAAGUGUUUGAAGUUGAUAUGUUGUCAUUGAUAUGUCUUUUCUUUGAAAUGUUGUCACUUUCAUUUUUCAUCUAUAAAUAACAUAUCAUACUUCAAGAAACAUACAUCUUCUUCAUUUGUGUUAUAGAUGACUUCAAAUCAACGAAGUUCUUCAUACACAAAUGCCACCUCUGCCAUGUAUAUCUUGACAUUUCCCAAAAUCCGAUCAUAGGUAUAAACCAAUCUAAGGAUCAAUUUUGGUCUCGAGUUGAGAGUGAUUAUCAUAGCUCAAUGCCUGCUUUUAUCACUCAAGUUCGACCCAGAAGAUCUUUGCAAUGUCGAAUGCAAACUCUGUUAACUGCAAUUGGCAAGAUGAGGGGAUGUGUAAGACAGGUUGAAAAUUUAAAUCCAAGCGGUGCUUCUGAACAAGAUAUUUUCAAUCGGGCUAAAGUGUUGUUUGCUCAGGAUAAGAAUUAUAAGAAGGGAUUCAAAUUCGAUCAUGUAUGGCCCAUCUUGAAAGAUAUCGAAAAAUUUGCAGAUGUUAAUGCUGGAAUUCAAGUGGGACGUAUGCAACAUGGUAACUUUGCAUCAUCACAAUCAGAGUACUCUCCCACUUCAGACUCUCCCACACAAGCAUCUCCUGGACUGGCUUCAUUCGAUUUUAAUAUGAAUGACAAUGAUUUUGGUGGUACUUCUGAAAGACCUAUAGGGGUACGGAAAGCAAAAUUUAAAAAGAGAAAUGAUGAAGAAAGUUCUAAGUUUAUGGAGUAUAUGAAAGAAGAGAAUCAAAAAAUGCUUGCAAUUAUGGAAAAAAAUAAUGCUGAUAGGCAACUAAAUUAUGAAAUCCAAAUGUUACGAGCUCAAACUGCAACCAAAAAAGUGGACGUGGAAGAAUUACGAGAAGAAAAUUUAAUUUUACUGAAAGAUUUGACACAAGUAACUGAUCCAAAACUACAUGAGUUUCUUGUACAAGAACAAUCAAGAAGUAUGCAUAAAAGAACUAAACAAGGUGAAGGAUCUCAAUGGUACUUUUGCCCAAUAUUUCGAGCAUCUUCGUCCUUCUGAUGAUGACUUCCCAGAAUACUGAAAUGUUGUUUUAGUUUAUGUUCAAUGUUCUAUUUUCCUUUAAUUUUAAUGUAUUGCAAUCAGUGUUAAUUUCCAAUGUUGUUCUAGUUUAUGUUCAAUGUUCUAUUUGGUUCUAGUAUUAUGAAAUUUUAAGUGUUUGGAUUAAACUAUCUAUUUUUUCCA